UGCAAACUUUUAAUUUUUACUAUGAUACUAAGUGUAUUUGAAAACAGGAGGAUAAAGUAUAAUUUGUUGUGAUAGCUUGUUGUCAUAGUUAAAUUGAUCGUUGCGCAUGCGUUCGUUGAUCAUACUGUGUAUUUUAUAACGUGACUACGAGUAGUGGCAACCUUUUCACUCACAAAACUGUAGCAGUCUUCGUUAGAACCUUGAAAAACUUAUUCAUUCAGAAUGGAAUCAUUUCAGAUAUUUGCAUAAUGUAGUAAAUGGAGGAGUGAAUAAAACUGUACAAGAAGACUGCUUUCAAAUAAACUUUAAAUACUUUUAUUUGGUAGUCUUAUUUUAGAAAAUAUAAGAAGAUUAUAUUUUGGUUCAAAAUGUCUUUGUCACUGUCGAGGAUAGACUAUGCAGCUGUUGGUGUCACAUCUAGAGGAACUACCAAGAUUUUUCCUGCGAAAGAACACAAACAGACUCAAAAAUUCGCUGUUGCUGAUCACGAUGGCAUACUCCAUGUAUACGGUGUGAAGAAAGGAGAGCUGCAAGUGUCGUUCAAGUCCCUGCCAGGACCGAAGAUUAAUAAACUAGUUCUCGGUGGUACUGGGCACGAUAAGAUUUACAUCGCACAAGUAAACACUGUGAAGGGAUAUACCAAAAAAGGAAAAUUGUUCUUAGAAUUCGAUACAAAUCUUAUAGAUCCUAUUUCGGCACUAUAUGUGCUUGGUCCGGAUUUAGCAGCAUGUGCAAGAGAUCUCUACCACAGAUAUCGUGAUUGCAAGGAUGCUGACUCCUAUCUAGCUGGUGAAACUUUAUACGACGUGGUUCUCCUACCUACUGACGGCUCCUUCAUUUUCGCCAUACUAGCUUGCGGGGAUUGUGCUAUACGAGUCCUUCAUGGUACCAAAACUCCAGCAGUUCUUCGACUUCCAAGUGUACCCACUGUAUUGUCUCUGUACAGGGAAGGCGACGUUGAAUCUAAGGAACGUGUUCUAGUGGGAACGAUGGAUGGCAAAGUGGGUUUGCUGAUUCUUCAGGGUAACAAGACACUGAGAAUCACUUGGCUUCUGAACAUGACAAGCUCAGAAAUCACGUCUUUGGAUACUUAUGAGUUGCAGGAUGGAUUAGAUAUACUUAUUGGUAGACAGGAUGGUACUGUUGAAGUAUACACUUUUCCCGAGGAAGAUAUGUUGCCAUCGUUGCGUUAUCGUUACAACGCCAGUGAAAGUAUUAGUUCGGUGAUUGGGGGAAUAAUUGGUGCAGCAGGAUAUCCUGAAGUAUUGGUUACUACAUACUCUGGACGAAUAUUCGGCUUGACUACCAAACCUCCCGGUCUUUUAGAAGCUGAUCAGAAUGACGGUUUGACCAAGUUGAAGGUUGAGAUAGAACAGUUGCAGGAAAAGUUGAAGGAAGAGAAAGAAGCAGCUAGUUUCUCAGUUGAUCCCUUAGCGCCAUUAAUUCUUUCUGUUAAUCACAGAAUGACUUUAAACAGGGAGGAUGUGUCAUAUUCCCUUUUCAUAGAACUCGAUACACCUAUCGAUAACAUUUUAAUACAGUCGGACACUCCGAUUGUGUUACUGGACGUGGAAAGUAACAGCGCAGUAGUCAGUUUGUCCACUUGCAAUCCUAGAGAAGGCAAUUUCGUUCUUGCUACUUAUCGUUGUCAAAUUAAUACCAAUCAUCUUGAAAUGAGGUUGAGAACCAUAGAGGGACAGCCUGGUACUUUACAAAUUUACGUCACUUCACAAGUACAACCAAAGUGUUGUCGCAAGUUAUUGAUACCUAUACCUGCUCUUUCUUUUCACGUACGGCAGCAUGAAGUCGAAAAUCCUGAAACUCGUACUGAAGGGCCCUUCAAUGCACUGAGGUUAAUCGGAGGUUUCACGAUUGCAGAAAUGCACGCGUGGCUGUCCUUCGCGUUGCCGGAUGUGCCAGAAAGACCACUUUUGGAAGAAGGGGAGGCUAUUUUGACAUACGUCUCAUCUUUCAUUGGAUCAGUCAUAAAGUGCAGAUACAAAAAAGGAAGUGCAGUUUUCUUGGGUGAGAACAUCUCUACUAUCAUAAUUCUCAGGGAUAUACUGACCCGAGAGGCAACGAAAAGAAAAAUCAAAUUAGACGUCUUCUGUGAUGUUUCUGAUGGUAGCAUCUCCAGAGUGUUGGAGUUAGUUUUUCCACAGUUGAACGCUGUUGACGAUCUAAUUACAAAAGUGAAGAUCUUGAAUGCUCUUGAGGAAUGGGAGUUGAAGGAAAAUCCGAAAGAAAACUUGUGCACGGAGUAUCAGGAACUGUUACAAAAGGAGUCUGAGAUCAAAUCCCAGAUGGCGAAGGACAGUGAACUAUUGGAAAGACUGCAUGCGGUAAUUACAGAUCUCUACGUCGAUUGGGAAAGAGCUAAACGUUCUCGUAGAAUCGGUAGCAAAGACGCUGCGGAGAAGCUCGAUGCAGCUCUCAAGUCCAGAGAAUUGGCUCAAGUUUUACAAGUAUUUGUCGACGCGAGUAACACACCAUCUUCAUGUAAAGACUGAGCUAUGAACAUCUCACUCUUGAUGGAAAAUGCAAUAAAAGUGGACCAUAAUGUUCUUGUAAAUGCGUUCACGUAAAAAAUAUAUUUCUUUAUCAACGACGAUUCGCGGAUAUAAAUGACUAACUUAACUACGAUUAAGAAAUGUACAUUUACAAUAGAUCUUGAUUAUCAUUAAGUAUUGUACAAUUUAUACGUGUAAUUUUAUCUGUAUACGUAUAUAAGGAUGUGUGUAUACACUUGCGCAUAUGCAUAUACAUAUCUUCAACUAAUUAAAUUGAUAUUACCUUUUUUUAGAAGUUGUAUACCACACAGGUUCCAAAUUUAAUUGUCAAAAUUUUGUCAAAGGAUUAUGUAGGGGAUUAAUAAACUGUGAGAAAAAGUA